AUGCCUUCUAUGCCUAUUGGUGUAACUGGUACUAAUACUACCGGCGUUGGCCACGGAUUACAAAAACCAUCUACUCAAGGCCCUCUAUCCCUGGACCACUAUCAAAGCGAAGGCCAUGAUGCGGUCACUCGGUAUCCAUGGGCUAAUAAUAAUAUUGAGCCCUCUACUUGGUGCAAGCUCAUCAAGGGUACUCAACCCCCUGCUAAGUGUUAUCUAGACUAUGAGAAGCAUCUUGAGCGUCUACAGUGUCAACUCCGUUCUCUCUACGAUGAUGAAGAUUGUAUUGCUAAGGCUAAGGUUUCGUUCUUCAUGUGUGAGCAAGGGACUUCUGAGUCUCUAUCUGACUAUGUCAAGAGACUAGAAUCUACUGUUACUGAGCUGCAUCUAAUGGGUAUUAUGACUUACGAGUAUGAUAUGAAGAGAAGACUAUAUGAUGGUCUACAGGCUGAUUAUCUACGCGAUAAGGUAGACAAGGAGUCAAGUGAUUCUACUAUUACGUUCGAUAAGUUUGUGCGUCUACUGACUGGCUAUGAACGUCCUCGAUUGGGUAGAGUCCGCCGUCAGAAGGUUAAUACCGUCGUCGGCGAUGUCGACGAUGACUCUAGCUUCGAUGCCCACGUCUAUGCUGUUGGUGCCGACUCUAUGUCUAUACAAUUUUAUCGCUGCACCGGGGUUGGUCAUCCUGCUAGACUCUGUCGAGGCAAGAGAUGUCGUAAGAGAGGACAUCUUUUAGUUGAGAGCAAAAAGAAGCCUGUCAAGGACGAGCCCUCUACGCCGACUCCUAGUGCUAAGGUUACUAAUCCUAAGACCAGGGCCCAUCUAGUCUCACUCUUUACACUGCGUCAUCUAACUGAUAAGGAGCUCCGCUUCGAUGAUCCUUCGGCUCUCGGUCAUAUUAGUGUCGCCAAUGGCUCUACCUUGUCAGUUCUCGGUAACGUCGAGCUAGAGGUUGGAUACGGCUCUACAUUCGUCAAGGACUCCUUCCUUUUGGCCUCUAAUGGACUCAAUCUUCUAGAUGGUUGCUUGUCUGUCAAGGAGAUGGAUUGGGCUAGGAAGGUUAUGGUUAUGCAGGUCAGUCACUACUCUAAGGUUGUGCCAUGUCUACGUGAUCUAACGGUCAAGUCUUCUUUAACUAUCGAGUCCCUUGCUAGAGCCAACUCUCUAAGUGGUCCGAUUGGUCUUUAUCAAGAUCUCUAUCACGAUGCUAAGAUUUAUCCUACUGAUGAUACGUCUAUUGGUAUGGAUGAUACUCUACUCGUUGAUGAAUCGGAUAGAGAAUCAUGGGCCUACGACUCUAAUGCUCCAUUAGGUAGAGACCAUACUAAGGUCCCCUGGAGGGAUGAUUCCCGUCCCGAGUAUGAUUUCUAUUAUGCUGCUAAACGUGGUCUAGCUUCUAUAGCUAAACUCGACAAGGAGCGUCAUUCUAUGUUUGAAGGUGCUUUAUCUCAACUUAUUGAUAAGGGUUUCAGCUCUAUUGUUUGUGAUGUUAUGUUGGUUAACUGCGAUUGCCUUGAUCUACCUAACAUAUCUGGUCUAGAUCUAUUUGACGUCGAGAAGGAAAAACUAAGACUCCUUCUCGAGUUCGUUGAUACUACUAGAGGUCAACAAGAAAAGGUCAAGGUCACAGUUCAAGAGUACGUCGAUUCUUGGAAGCUAAAACAAGCCGCUCUUCGCGAGAAUUCUAUCAAGGAUACUUCUCAAGAUUAUCAACUGGCACUCUAUGACCUUGUCUAUAUCAGCGAGUGUGCCGAUCAUUCUCUUGCUGGUCAUCUAUCCCUCAAAUUGCGAGGGCCUCUAACGGUUGCUAAGCUAUGCGGUACAUCUAUGGUUCAUCUCUUUGACGGUAUUGUACUACCAUCUGACUAUGGCGGUAAUCUAAAGGUUUCUGAUGAUGGAACUACUCUAGAAGGUGGCCCUGGGGUCUCUUCUCUCAUCUACGCCUCCGUCAAGAACCUGGUACCCGCACGUGCUCUACAAUCUCCAAUCUAUGAAAAGGCCUAA